GUGUGUGCUGGCGGGUGCCUCGCUCUGCACCGCCGGGACGGAUCCUGCCUCUUUAUCUUUGCUGGGACAGCGCCGGCUUGCAAGAGAGAUAACUGGUCCCUGCUCUCUCGGGCUGCAGCUGGACGAGCUCUGGAUGCAAGGAGGAGGAAAGUUCACAGUACAGCUCUAAGAUGAAGCCUCCAUCUGGGCAAGGCAUAAGGCUGGCAUACCUUCUCCUGAAUAUGGCUUCCCUCUGCCUCCCCACCCCACUCUGGAAGGACCGGGACUCCCUAAUGCAGGAGGAGAAAGCCUGUCAGACGGGUAGCAAUUUGGUGCUGAGUAGACAGGAACAGCAGCUCAACACAAAGCUUGUAAACCUCAAGAAGGAGGAGGUUGCAGCAGCCAUAGCUACAGGACAGUUUCCUCCAAGCAUGCACUUCUUUCGGGCAAAAGGCCUCAUUGAUCAGAGCACAGUGUUCAGCAUCUUAAAGCGCAUGCCAAAAGGUGCUAUCUUACACUUGCACGACUACGCCAUCCUGAGCGUGGACUGGCUGGUGUACAAUGCCACCUACCUCCCCGACUGCUACAUCUGUUUCACCCACACGGGCACCGUUCGGUUUCGCUUUUCCAAGCCUAACCCUCCUCACCCAGUGCCAGCCCAGUGCUCCCAGUGGGUUUUGCUGGAGACUUACCGGAAACAGCUGAGCAACGUGACUGAAUUUGAUAGCAGCUUGCUGAGAAACUUGACCCUGGUGACAGAUGCCCCUGAGCUGGCCUACCCUUCUCAGACUUUGAUUUGGGAUAGAUUUGAAGAAGUCUUUCUCAUUGCCUCUGGACUUAUCUGCUAUGCACCUGUGUUCAAGGCCUAUUUCUACCAGGGGCUGCUGGAGCUCUAUGAAGAUAACGUACAGUAUGUCGAGAUAAGAGCUAUCCUGCCUCCGGUGUAUGAACUGGAUGGCACCCGGCACAAUAAAUCAUGGUCUGUGGCAACCUAUCAGGAAGUGACCAGGCAGUUUGUGAAGGAGCACCCUGACUUUCUUGGAGCCAAGAUUAUAUUUGCAGCACACAGGAUGCUGAAUGUUUCCCAGAUUAAAGAAGCCAUCGUCACUGCCAUGGCACUCAGAGCCCGCUUCCCAGACACCCUGGCAGGCUUCGACCUGGUUGGUGAAGAGGAUGAAGGUCAUUCUUUAUGGGACCUGAAGGAUGCCCUGACCAUCCCAUAUUCCCUGGGGGUCAACUUGCCAUACUUUUUCCAUGCUGGGGAGACUGGUAAGCAUGAGGACUCAAGGUCUGCUAUUGCUUGCAGAGGCAAAAGUCUUGCAAAGCACAGAAGAACCUGGCAGGGCACCUCUGUAGACAAUAAUGUGCUGGAUGCAUUACUACUGAAUACCAGUCGGAUUGGCCAUGGAUUUGCCCUCACUAAACACCCAGUAGCCAAAAGUUUGUCUCGGAAGAGGGAUAUUCCUGUAGAAGUAUGUCCCAUCUCCAACCAGGUCCUGAUGUUGGUAGCUGACUUGCGGAUCCACCCUGCAGCUGACCUCAUGGCUGAAGGGCACCCCAUUGUGGUCAGUCCCGAUGAUCCCCCUAUCUUUGGGGCAAAGGGAGUCUCCUAUGACUUCUAUGAGGUGUUCAUGGCCAUCGGUGGGAUGAAUGCCGACCUGAGGACCUUAAAACAACUUGCACUGAACUCCAUAAAAUACAGUGCCAUGCUACCGGAUGAGAAAGCCAAGGCCAAAGAGGUCUGGCAGAAAAAAUGGGACCAAUUUGUGGCUGACCUCUCUGAUAGCUUCUUGAGGGGAGGAGACUCAUCUGAGAAGGCAUUUGGCAAGCCAGAGCAAUCCAGGCUUAUUUCUAAGAGGGAGACUGUUUCUUCCAUGUGACCUGAGCAUAUGAAUGAACCUCAGAAUCUCACCUGGCAAUGGGUGAUUCUGGUAAGCUAGGCUUAAUGGGCUUAAUGCUAAGGAUGAGCUGCACUAUCCUGUGAAAGUCAUGGACUGGAGGUAAAAGGGAGCAGUGAGCCUUUUUAGCAACAACAAAGGAACACCCAGCUCAAAAUAGUCAAAACAAUUAAAAAUUGUCAAUGACCAAACCCUGACAUCCUUAUUCAGGAAAAACAUGCUUUCUAAUUAGAGUUAGUGGGAGAUUGCCAACAUGAGAAUCUCUGAAUAUCGUCUUAUCAUUACAAAAUGCAGACCUUGUCCGGAAACAGCUAAGACAAACAUCCAACCAUUUGGGCCACUGACCUUCAGGAGAGCGAGGACUGAAAAUGACUCUUGUUAUGUUUAACCCUGGGCCUGCUGCCAAAAUAGCACUGCUAGGUUGAAGAACCAGUCACAGGUCUGAUGUCUGCUAUUUCAGGACCUACCAUGGCUGGAAAAGAGCUGAUGGAACUUGCUUCCAGAACAUUUAAGCCUGGUUGCACAGUGAUCAUAAAGCCAAAAAGAGGUGCCUCAGUUAUCAACAGUUGGGUUGUCUUUUUUUUUUUUUUACUGCAAAAUCUUUUCCUGUCCUCUGGUCACAAGGAAGCUGAAAAAAACCACUCCGGCUUCCAGAUCCAGCUUAAUUAAAACUGUCCCCCUGCACUGGGCCACAUUAACAUGGGCCUCUGCAUUUAUAGGAAACACCUUUUGAUUUCAGGGGGUUUCACUACCUGCCUUUGUUGCCUAACUCAGAGUGCGAAUGUGACCUUAUUCAGCCUGUCAGACAGAUUUUCACCUUCGUGGAGAAUUACUCUCACACUGUGGAUAUUCAGUGUUCACUUGGACCUUUGUAGUUUCCAGCUCUUCGGCAAAAUGGUAUUGCAGCAACUACACAAUAGAUAGUGCCUGAGACAAGCAGAUUCCCUUUCUUAACAUCAUCAGAAAAAUAUCAGGAGAAGAACUAGUUACUGGGAGAUUAAAAAAAAAAAUAAUCUUAAUCAGGAUGUUAAAUAAAUUCAGCAAAAUCAUUCAGCACACACACCCCAAGCACACAGCCAGAAACAACCAGCGUCUCUCCCUGACUUCAGCACAAUUAUGCUGGUUUGCAUCAGCCAAGGGAGAAUUUACAAAAGUUCCUGCGGAAAGAUGUCUCCCUCCUCUGAGCUGCAGAUUUGUGAGGACUGUCAUUUCCUGAUCUGACCAGCUUGGGCAAAUUGGCUCUCUUUAUGUUUUCUGCUAAUUGUCUCAAGCUGCCUGGCCAUAGUGUUUAUUUCCACUGACCUUGGUUAAAACACCUUAGCAGGAGCCAAAUAUACUUACUACAGAAGUGGAUCAAGCUGCGCAGCCCAUGGGUCCCAUUGCCUGCAUUUCACAGGCUUCAAGUUCAUCUCUAGUUAUUCCAAGGGGAGGAAGGGGAAAAAAACCCAACCAAACAAACAACAAAACCCAACAAAACAAUAGCCACACUACAACCCCCUCAACAAAACAAAACAAAACAAAAAAAAAAAAACAAACAAAUAAAGCCACAAAAAAACAAAAGGUGCCUGCAUUACAGAAACCAGCAACAAAACCCACAGAAAGCAAAAAGUGAGUACCCAAUCACACAGCUCACUAACCGAGGGGGUUGAGUGCCUCCCACCCCUCACCCUUUUCAGCCACAGCUGCCUCUACUCCAGCUCUCUCUGCCCUCAUGCUUCACACCUUCCUCUGAAGCACCAGCAGCUGGCUCUUUGCAAACUGGCCUUUCCCGGGGCCUCGAUGCAGAUUUGGUGCCGGGAUGAGCUUUAUACUGGAGGAGGAGCCAGAGUAGAUCCACCUUCCCUCCUCUGCCAUGGGUGUUGCAUACAAAGCUCAGUCUAAAGUCCCCAAAGUUGGCUCUGGUCAUGGUCAGAUUAUAAAUGCUCACUUGGGAAAUGCCUUAUUUGUAAUGCUGCCAAGGAAAACUGCUGCAAACAGGUGGAAUGGCUGCUAACCAGUGACCCAAAGCCACAUCCCUCUGAGCUCCCUGAUCUUUCAGCUUUGCUAUAAGUGGAUGAACGACGAUCUUUGAUUUGCCAUUAGCUGAUUCUCCCUUAAGUAAUCCUCUUCACUGCCAAGGUGAAGCUAAUCACUACAGAGCCAGUGUGGGAGGAGCUGAGCUCCUCAACACAGGUUGAUACAUGUCCCUUCCUUUUCUGAUGCAGUGGAAAGGUUUCAGCUCUUCCUGCACACGGCCUCUCGAAGGCUUGAACCACCGAUGUUUAAAUGUGAACCUGAACCACAUGGAGAAGCCUGACUGGUGGUACAGCGUUCCUCAGAUCCCUCCUUGAACGGGGCAUUGCCAUGUGUGGUGACUGGAGCUUCCCAAGAGUCCUCUGGCAGUAGAUGGGCUUUAACCAUUUUUAGGGCCUUAGCAGGUCUGACAGAGGGCCAGCCUGCUUCACUGCUGGGGAUCAACUCUUCUUAGAGCAGGCCUUAGUCCAGAGAAAGGUGCAGACUGAGAAAUCCAGACUGCAUCCUCACCACUUUAGGUGUGCAAAAAAGGAGGGAUUUAGGCUGGACCACAGCAGUUAAGACAGAUCAAUCCAUUCAGAUACCCCCAAAGUUUCAGGUAAAUUUGGCUGCAAGGCUUCACUGAGACUCAGCCUCUAUCAUUCACAGUGACAUUUCAAGGAUUUUGCUGCCAGCCUGUUCCCUUACCCUCAGUACCUCAGCUCUCUGCUCACGUUUCUGGCAAAUACAUUGCAUAUAAUGUUUUCUUGCCCAUCUCUUUCAGAACAUAGUAUAUAUUUAAGUUUUUAAACCUA